AUGAUGAAAAUGAUGCAGUGUUUAUCUUUCAUCAAGAAGGGAGAUGUGGGUGAACUCAGUCCUUUGAUUUUCAAGGAAGGCACACUCCACAAUGAUAAACUGGGGCAGGCAUCGUGCAGUCGCUGUCCACAGGCUGAUGGUGCUGAUACAGUGAGAGACGUGCGGUCAGAGCUUCACAACCCCCAGCGGCUCUGCCGAGCCAACAAAGUCAACGGUUGUAUCAAGUACCUCAUGGUCCUGUCCAACUUCAUACUUACAGUGCUGGGCUACUUGAUUCUUGGGAUCGGGAUCUGGGGACUGAUAGAUAAGGAAUCUCUGGACCUGAACAAAAUCAACACUCUGAGCACAGACCCCAUGCUGGCGUUCGUUGUUGUGGGACUGAUUGUUGGUUUCUUUUCUUGCUCUGGCUGCCUGGGGGCUCUGAGGGAGAACCAGUACUUGCUGAAAUUCUUCACGGCUGGCAUCCUCAUGUUCGUGACGGCGGAGAUCAUAGGCGGGAUUGUGGUCUACGCCCAGAGGGACAGAAUCGAACGCUUCCUGAAGAAUGGCAUGACCCUGUGUGUCAAGAGAUAUCAGGACGAUCCUGAUGUCCGGUUCAUUAUCAACGAGAUCCAACAAGGACUAAAGUGUUGCGGGGUCGAGUCUUAUCACGAUUGGCAAUUAAACCUGUAUUUUAACUGCAGCUCCCCAGGUGUCCAUGCAUGUGGAGCUCCUGCUUCAUGUUGCAUCAAUCCUCAAGAAAAUGGCACAGUUAUGAACUCUCAGUGUGGCUUUGGCACUUUACACAUGGAAGAAGUGACAGCCCAGAAUUAUAUUUACCUCCAUGGGUGCAUGUCACACCUCACUAAUUGGCUUAAUAGCAAUAUAGGUUCAAUUGCUGCAUUUGGUGUAAUUCUCAUGGUUAUUCAGCUGCUUGGGUUAAUUUUUGCAAUGAAGAUACUGAGUGACAUUGAACUGAUCAAAGUACAUUGGUAG